CUUCACAGACAUACAGCCCUUCUCAGAGUCUCCAGUGACAUUUUGAUGCAAAAUGAUGCAGGAAAAUGUUCUGUUCUCCUGAUGUUGGUAGAGUUGACCAUCGAAUUCUGCUUGAAAGGCUGAAACAUUGGGUCGGUGUAUCUGGAUCUGCCUUGGAGUGGUUCUCCUCAUAUCUAUAUGAACGAUACUUUUCUGUGACAGUUUCUAAAUACCGGUCAUCUUCCACUUCUAAGCUUUUACUUUUAUUUCAGGUUUGUGGGUCAAGGACCUAGAGGCUUCAGAGGGGCUUUUAAUGAAUUUAGGGGUCCUAGAGGAACCCUUUUGAGGGAGGAGGUGCUACGUCCCUCUGUAGCCCCUAAUCAUCUCAAUGUGUUCAGCUGGUGCUAAUUGGCCACACCUAGUCAGGUGUGGAUAAAAGCAUACCUGAGGCAAGCUUCCCAGGGAGCUCGCUUGUCUUUGCCUUGGUGGCACCAGCCAUUUUAGCCGACCUGGUAUUCCAUUCUAAGAUAAUACCUCUUCUCACCUAUACUCUGGUAUUCGUCUCCUUUUUUAUGUUGCGGCUUUUGAGCCAGGUCGUAACAUAACCUAUGGUGCGCCACAUGGUUCUGUGCUGGGGCCUUUAUUGUUUCUAAUGUAUCUACUUCCUCUCCAGCAUAUUUUAAGCCCCUUUGAGGGCAUUUGCUACCCAGAUGAUAUCCAGUCCCAAGAUGUUUAUAAGCUGCAGAUUCUGAAUGAGUGCUUAGAAUCCAUUAAAGGUUGGAUGGUCGACAACUUUCUCCAACUUAAUGAAGGACAGACCAAAGUCCUUGUAUGUGCUCCUGACAGACAUGUACCUAAGAUAAUGAAUGCUCCUGGUCCUCUUUCAACAUUUGUGAAAUCGUCCAUCAGGAACCUCGGGGUAAUCUUUGACCCGGCUCACUUUGGUGAACUCCUGGCCAAAAACGUCUUCAUAUUGCUUGCAACCACACCUCAGGGCAUUCAGUCUAACUGCACCUGGACGAACAGAGCAGAGCAGUCAGUGUUGUUGAAGGCACCUCAUUGCAAAUAACAUGGAGGAGUUUAUUCAGAACCUGCCAGAUCUAGAUGUCAGCUGCUACGUCAGAAACAUGUCCACCCCUGUGUUAGUCAGCAUUGGGGCUGUGGUUGCUGCAACAACCUAUUACCUGGCAACACGAUCCAGGCCCCUCCCACAGGUCUGUGACCUGCAGAUGCAGUCAGUUGAGGUUCAGGGUGGAGAUUUGGCACGCCGAUCAGUUCUACUGACCACUGACAGUCCCUUGACACAUAUCUAUGAUGAUGCCACUACGUUGUAUGAAUUCUUUCUCAGAGGCGCCAGAGUGUCCAGUAACGGUCCCUGUGUCGGCUCCAGGAAGCCAAAACAGCCUUAUGAAUGGAUUUCCUACAGAGAGGUAAUUGAGCAAGCAGAGAAUCUGGGUUCUGCAUUUCUUCACAAAGGAAACAGCAAGACUGCCGACUCUCACAUCGGCAUAUUCUCUCAGAACAGACCAGAGUGGACCAUCAGUGAGCUGGCGUGUUACACCUAUUCUCUGGUGUCAGUCCCUCUGUAUGACACGCUGGGAACAGAGGCUAUCAGCUAUAUUAUAGACAAAGCUUCUAUCUCAACUAUAGUGUGCGAUGUGAUGGAUAAAGUCAAUCUAGUGCUGGACUGCAUUAACAACACGAAACACAGUGUGAGAACAAUUGUUCUAAUGGAGAGCCCGAACACCAGCCUGAUCGAACAGGGACAGCAGGCUGGAAUCCACAUCCUCAGCCUGCAGGAGAUGAUGGCCAUAGGGAAGGCCAACCACCAGGAACCACUGCCCCCUCAGCCCAAGGACAUGGCAGUCAUCUGCUUUACCAGUGGAACAACAGGAAAACCAAAGGGAGCUAUGUUGACACAUGGGAAUAUUGUCUCCAACUGCUCAGCUGUCAUCAAGAUUACAGGGACCACCUGUCCAGUGCUUCCCAAUGAUAUCCAUUUGUCCUAUCUGCCCCUGGCUCACAUGUUUGAGAGGGUCGUGCAGGGAGUCAUGUUGAUACAUGGAGCCAGGAUUGGUUAUUUCCAGGGAGAUAUUCGUCGACUGUCAGAUGACAUGAAGGUGCUGAAGCCUACGGUGUUCCCCGUGGUUCCACGACUCUUAAACAGAAUGUAUGAUAAGAUCUUCGGUCUGGCCAACUCACCCUGGAAGCGCUGGCUGCUGGAAUUUGCCUUCAAGAGGAAGCAUUCUGAGAUCAUGAAAGGCAUCAUCAGGAAAGACAGUAUAUGGGAUAAGCUCAUCUUCAACAAGGUCCAGGCCAGUCUUGGUGGCUGUGUGCGUCUCAUGAUAACAGGAGCAGCUCCCAUAUCUCCAGUUGUUCUCACCUUCCUCAGAGCUGCACUAGGCUGUCAGUUCUAUGAAGGCUAUGGACAAACCGAGUGCACUGCAGGUUGCACAGUGACCAUGCCUGGAGACUGCACUGCAGGUCAUGUUGGAGCGCCUCUGCCCUGUAACAUAGUUAAACUGGUGGAUGUACCCGAGAUGAACUACCUGGCUGAAAAUGGAGAGGGAGAGGUAUGCGUGAAGGGCGCCAACGUAUUCCAAGGCUAUCUAAAUGACCCAGAGAGAACAGCAGAGACCAUCGAUGCAGAUGGGUGGGUCCACACGGGAGACAUUGGGAAAUGGCUUCCGAAUGGCACCCUGAAGAUCGUGGACAGAAAGAAGCACAUCUUUAAGCUGGCACAGGGCGAGUACAUUGCUCCUGAGAAGAUAGAGAACAUCUACAUGAGGAGUGAUGCGGUGGCGCAGGUAUUUGUGCAUGGAGACAGUCUGCAGGCGUGUCUGGUAGCAGUGGUGGUUCCUGACCCCGACUUCCUGUCUGACUGGACCAGGAGGACGCUGGGAUUGCAGGGCAGCUACCUGGAACUAUGUGGCAGAGCGGAAGUUAAAGCAGCCAUCUUGGAAGACAUGCUGAGGCUGGGCAAGGCAGGAGGCCUCAAGUCCUUUGAGCAGGUAAAAGCCAUCUGCAUUCACACCGAGCUGUUCUCCAUCGAAAACGACCUGCUCACUCCAACAAUGAAGGCCAAGAGGAACGAACUGCGCCAGUACUUCAGAUCCCAGAUCGACGAGUUAUACGCUGGGAUCAAAAUGUAGAAGGACAAGUGGAGAGCGGGAGGGAAGAAUAGGCGGCAGCUCUUCUAAUGGUGCUUUAGAUUCAAUUAAAAGGGGAAAGAAUAACUGAGGUACAAGCUGAAGCACACAACAGAAAGCAAAUGAAUGAGACCCUCUGAGGCCAUCAUCACAGGCCUGUACUACAAAGCAGGUUAUCUUUUUAUUACCUGGCUUAAUUAAAAGUAACAACUACUUCCACACACACAAUGGUGCUUAUCAAAUCAGUAAUGUGAUUUUAUGGACAUAGACGAAGACAAGGACACUACAGUACAAACCCUGAGGACUCGCUUUAGUUCUCACGGCCAAACAACACGAUUGUCAUGCUCAACAGAACACAAAAAUAAUUUGACUACAGGAUCUCUGGUACGCAAGACAGGAAGUCAAUUUUAACUGUUGAUGGAAUUGAUUAGUCCUUGAUAUUUAAAUAUUAAUGAUGAUGAUGCUGAUAAGGUGCUGAGUCUGAAGAAGCUGUUUUUUGUUUGUACUUCAACUUUGUCACAUCACAAAUCUCAGGCCAGCAAAAAGCAAACACACAUUGUGCACUUUUGUUUUGCAUCAUUCUCACACAGAAUGGUUCACUGGCAUUGAUGAGACAGUUUGAUGUCAUGAUUUUGUUUUAGUGUUGAAAUUUUUAACAGCAAGAUUGUUUCACUUGGUUCCUUCAUUGUCUGCAUGAAUUAAUUUAGUUGCAGUCAGGGCUUGUCUAGGGGGAUCAGCAGAUGAAACAAUUCAAUGUUAGCUUACUGUACACAGGGAAGUCACUCAGGAACAUACGGAGCAGACACAGAGGGAAAGCCUUGUUAAUGUUUAAUUACUUUAUAGUGGGUUCAGGAAGGGAAGAGAUUUGGUGAAUGAAUCGGUUUUUUAAAUAAUGCAUUAUUUAGAUAACAAGGAAAAAUAACAUUGAUUUGUAUUAUAAUUGUUUUUAAUGUCACAUUUUGUAAAAUAUUUGAUUAAAAAAAUCGGUGUAAUGUUUGUACAUUGCUUCACUAAUGCACAAA